AUGGAUAUUCAUGUUCUUCAAAGCCAGCCCGCCCAGAAGGUCGCGUUUAAAGACUCUUCCACGGUUCGUGUGGAUUUGGUCCGCGGCGGGUUCCAGCCGCGCCUUCCGACUUCGCUGCCGCCCCCAGGGCAGCAGCAGCAGCCGUCGCCGCUACCACGCCGACAGCCCGUCCCGUUGAUGCCUCCCACGCAGCUUCAUCCGGGAGCGCCCCAGGUGGUCGCUCCGGCGCCUGCGGUCCCUCUUCAGUCGCCACCGCCUUCGGAGCUGAUGGACGUCGACCCCUCAGCCGGGCCGCCUUCCCAAGCGGUGGCUGUGCAGCCUGUCCUGCAGCCGCUUUCCUUGGGCACCCCCAAGGAGUCUGACACCGCAGCGCCUUGUCCGGCGCCCACUCAGCAGCCGUCGACGCAGCGUCAGGAGACGCUGCCUCUCUUCGUGGGUCCCGACGCCCCGUCGCGUCCAGUACCAGAAGCUGCGCCCGUGGUCACAGGCUUGUCGUUAGCUGGGGAGGAAAAGAGGAAGAAAGGAAAUAGCAAUGCUAAGCGUGAAAAAGAAAGGAAUAAAGUUGAUGAAUCGAUGAUAGAAAAUAUUGCUAACCGUAAAAAAGAAAAGAAGAAAUUAGAAGAAUCGAUGAUGGAAAAUAUUAACAAGAUCAUGGGUGAUAUCGCCAAAAUAAAGAAGAUAUCAUCCGAGUCGAAAGUUGCAGCAAAGGGGGCGAAGAAAGAAGCAAGAUGA